AUGGUGUCCGAUGGCUCUGGUCCUGCCGCUUCUGGCCCUGCAGCCACUGCCGACUGGGCUUUCGAGGUCGGAAAGGCGUUCGCGUCGCAGUACUAUACCGUGAUGCACACGCAACCGCACGAUGUGCACAAGUUUUACGUCGACGAGAGCAAAUUCACGCGCGCCGAGCGCCUCGGCAUUCCCGGGGAAACCGUGACGACCAUGCAGGGUAUCCACACCAAGGUAAUGUCAUUGGAUUCAUGUGAAGUCAAAGCGGAGAUCAAAUCCGUGGAUUGCCAGGAGUCACUCUCCGGCGGCGUUCUGGUGGUGGUAACCGGCGCGCACUGUUACGCCAGCACUUCGGGCGGCCCGGGCGAGCGACGCGGCUUCGUGCAGAGCUUCUUCCUCGCGCCGCAGCAGAACGGCUUUUACGUCCUUAACGACAUCUUCCGGUUCUUAGAAGACGCGCCGCCGCCGCAGCCGCCCGCCGUAGUUAAACACGCUGUCGGCGGCGGGACUAAGUCGAACGCGUCUGCCGCCGGAUCAGCUGCAGCUGCUGCAGCCGGGAGUGGGUCUCAGGCAGGUCUGGUGAACGGGCAUGCGUCGGAUCAAGCGGCAGGGUCCCGGGAGGUUACAUCUGUGGAUCACGCCGUGCGAGAUGUAACGGUCGACGAGGCGUCCCAAGCGUCCGCGUCUCAAGCCGCCGCGUCUGCCGCCGCGCCCAGCGCCGCAGCCGGCGGAGCCGGGGCUCCCCCGGCCGCGGACGACGGCGCAGCGGGGGAAGAGGUGCAGGUGAUUCGGGAGGUACCUGAGUCUGUUGUCUCCGUGAAUCAGGGUCAAGGGCAGGGAGCCGCUGCAGCAGCGGCCGAAGCGGAGAAGGCGGAACCUUCGGUUGUGUCUUCCGCCCCAGUUUCCGCGCCUGCCGUCCUUCCGAGUCCUGCGGGCGGGGAAGCGGCUGCGGGAGUGGUGCCACAAGCGCCAGGGGCUGCGGCGGCAGCUGUAGCACCAGCUGUAGCAGCGGCACCCACAGCAGCAGCAGCAGCAGCAGCAGCAGCUCCGCCUGCAGCCGCGCCCACCAGCCAAAUCGUCCAUCCCGUGCCUUGCUUGAGACUCACUUGUCCAAUCCGUACCACACGUCCCUCCCCCAUCACACCCCUACAGCUGCAAGCCAUGCGCGCGCAAUCCGCAGCUGCCUCACCCGCGGGCGCCUCCGCGGGCGCAUCUUCCGCGCCUGUCUCCGCCACUCCCCCCGCAGCUGCGCCUCUGGGGGCGGUUGCGUCCAGGCAGCCGCCGCUGCUCCCUGCCGCAGCAGUUGGGGGGGCUGGGGCGUUUGGGGCGCAAGAGGCAGCGCCGUCUGGAGCAGCAGCUGGGUUCUCUGCUGGUUUGCUUGCUCCUGCGCCUGGGUUCGCUGCUGCUACUGGUGGUGGAGCGCAAGAGGAUGCUAAUGCUGCUGACGACGCUGCAGGGGAGGGGCGCGCUGUGUUUGUGCGCAACCUGCCUGUGCGCAUUACUGGCAAAGAGAUUGCAGAGCAUUUCAGUCAGUUUGGAGCAGUGAAAGCCGACCGGAUUCAAAUUCGAGGCAACAAGGCCAACAACCCCGCUACAGUGUACGCGUUUGUGGAGUUUGAGGAACCUGCAGCAGCACAAGCAGCAGUCGAGAAACAAUCCAUCAUGGUGGGGAAUUUCCAGGUGAAGAUUGAAGAGAAGAAGGCUACAAGCACUGGCCGAGGCUCAUACCGUCGCACGGGAGGCGGCCGUGGCGGCUCGGAUCGCCAAUUCCGCGACGGCAGCAGCAACUUCGGUGGUGCUGCUACUGGUGGUGGUGCUGGCGUUGGUGGGGUUGGUGUUGGUGGUGCUGCUGCUGCUGGUGCUGGUGUUAGUGCUGGUGCUGGUGCCGGUGGCAGUGUUGGUGUUGUCAGCAACAGGGGCGGGCGUGGGGGGUCAGGCUUCGGUUCUCGAGGUCAGCAGCAGGUGCAGGGACAGGGACAGUGGCAGGGGCAGCAGGGGCAGGGUCUGACCGGACAGGGGGUGCAGGUGCAAGGAUUCCAGCAGAAUCAGGGAAUACAGGGGUUUCAGCAGCAGGGGUAUGGGGGAGGUGAUGGGGUGAGUGGGGCGGGGCAGGGGGGAUGGUCGUCGAGUGGGGGUGGGAGGGGGAGAAGAGGGGGGCAGGGGCGGACAGGAGGGAGUAGAGGAGGGGGUCAAGGAGGGGGGGUUGCAGUGGUUGCACCAUCGUAA